AUGUCCAGUGCUUUAUCAGCUUCAGUUAACCUUCUAAAUACCAUCAUUGGUGCAGGGUUGUUAGCCAUGCCGUUUGGUAUCAAAGCGAACGGCUUGACGUUGGGGGUAUUUGUGAUCAUAUUUUGCGCUUGUUGCUCGAUGUUUGGGCUUUAUUUACAAGGAAGAUGUGCUAAAUAUAACCGUCCUGGACAUUCGUCGUUCUUUGCUUUAAGUCAGUUGACAUAUCCUUCCUUAUCGGUGUUGUUCGACUUGGGGAUUGCUGUCAAAUGUUUUGGGGUUGGUGUUUCUUAUCUCGUGGUGAUUGGUGAUUUACUACCAAAGAUAAUGGAAUCAUUAUUGUCCGACGAUACCCUUCAACAGAAGCCUUACUUGGUGGAAAGAAAUUUUUGGAUUAGUAUAGUCAUGUUCAUGGUGGUGGCACCGUUAUCUUUCCUUCGAAAGUUAGAUAGCUUGAGAUAUGCCUCAAUGGUGGCUUUAUCCUCGGUUGCAUACUUGUCAAUAUUGGUUGUCGAACACUUCCUUAAGAACGACAUUCCCAACGAAAUCAAGGGUGAUGUCAGAUAUUUCACUCCUUAUAGCGCCACUUCAAUGUUUUCAGCUUUCCCAUUAUUUGUGUUUGCUUACACCUGCCAUCAAAAUAUGUUUUCUUUAUUGAACGAGCUCAAGGAUAAAUCUAAUGGGAAUAUUAACAAAGUAAUCAGCUCGGCGAUAUGUACGGCCAUGUUUUUAUAUAUAUUUGUUGGUGCCACAGGCUACCUCACUUUUGGUGAUAAUGUCCAAGGUAACAUUAUCGUGAUGUACCCAGCAGCAAUUUCGUCAACUAUUGGCAGAAUUGCUAUUGUUGUGUUAGUCACCCUCAGUUUCCCUUUGCAAUGCCAUCCAGCAAGAGCGUCAAUCAAUCACAUUGUACACUAUAUCCUGGUGCGGAAAAUUGAAAUUGAAUCAAGGGCAAACUCCGUUAGUUCACAUAUUCAAAGAACCGCUUCGGGGAUAUUCAGAGCUUUAUCAUUCAGCUCGACUAAUUCUGGAAGUAACUUAUUGACUCCGAGAGCUAGUGGGUCCAGAAACUACUCGAGCACCAAUUUAAAUAGUGAUCAACAGGCACCACUUAUACCAAAUACUUUGAAUGCCAGUGCCCCAGCAACAGAUGUUGAGGAUGAAGCUGAUAGCCUAGUGAUCCCAAAAAUGAGAAAAAACAAGAAGCAUGCCACUGUGGUGGAGCUUCCAACUAAAAAAUUCAUCAUUUUGACCACUAUUAUUGUGUUAUUCUCUUAUAUCCUUGCAUUGAAAGUGAGAUCUCUUGAACAUGUAUUAGGAUUUGUUGGUGCUACUGGCUCAACGUCAAUUUCCUUUAUUUUGCCAGGGAUAUUCGGUUACAAGUUAAUUGGAUCGGAUUAUCCUAUUUAUAAUGACAAUGAAGAAGAUGAAGUGGUGAUCGAUUCGCAAGACAACGAAGAUCCAUUCAGCUUGCCAAUAAAGAAAGUUUCUAGAGCUGACUUGUUGGUUAAGUACUUGGCUGGUGCAUUGGUGAUUUGGGGAGUUUGCGUGAUGAUUGUUUGUUUAUCAGCAGUCAUAUUUUUGGGUGCUGGUCAUUGA